AUUUUUUGAAUAAGCCCUAAUUUUCUCAAAACCGGAGACAGACACACACAAUGAAUCUUCCGUCGUCGACUUCGGUGACGUCAGCUUCGGAUCCGGACACUUCACCGGAAAAUUCCCCGGAGACAUGCGAAGGCUGCGGCAUCCGAGACUCCUGGGUCACACACUCGGCUCGUUUCCGUUGCAUCAUCCGCUUCUACUGCACGCACUGCCUCCUACGCAAACACCCGACGUCGUUUUGCCCCUCCUGCUACGCCUUCUACGAUUCCUCCCCGCCGCACCACUCUCGCCGCGUCUCCUGCUCCGACUGCGGCUCCUACACGCACAUCCACUGCGCCGACGAAGCAAACUCCACUCCUUACCGCUGUCCCCCUUGCCGUGACCCUGACUCCUUCUCCUUCUUCCGCCCUAUCAUCGACGCCAACGGCGUCCGCUGCGUCGAUAAAUCCCUCUCGGGAGCGUUCUUAUGCGCGGCCAAGAUCUCUGCCUCUUCCAUGAACAAGGCCGUCAGCUUCGCUAAAUGCGAAGCUGAGCGGAAAGGAAAAGACGCUGCCGUAGCGAGGAAGAGAGCACGCGAGGCUCUGGAUGACGUCAUCAAGCUCGACGAGAAGGCGAAGUCGGACGUUGAGUUCUCCGCGAAUCGAGAUCAGAAACCAAGUCUGAGUCCUGCAUCCACCAAUUCAUAUCAACUCAAGAAACCGAAGGCAGAUCACCCUUCAGUUAAGUAAGAACAUUAAUGUUUUGUCUGGACAACAGACAAGUAUGAUAACUUGAAGCAGUUCGUGACUUCGUGUUCUCCAUGAA